AUAUUUAAUUAAUGAAACUUGUUGUACUAUUGUUGUACUCACAGGCUGCAUACAGUGGAUACGUUAUUUUAUUUUUGUUGUUAAAUUUAGGUAAAACAAUUUUAAUAAUGGCUAAGAUAAUACACUUAGUAUCUAUUAUUUUAUACAGUGUCUGUGUAACGGAACAAGCUUAUUUUUUAGAAAAAGAUUUCAUUGACAAAAUCAAUGAAAAGGCUACAACAUGGAAGGCAGGUAUUAAUUUCGACCCUAGUACACCAAAAGAACACAUUUUAAGUCUUUUGGGAUCUAAAGGAGUACAAAUCCCAAACAAAAUUAAUUAUAAAAUAUACAAGACCCAAGAUGACGGUUACAGCUCGUAUGUUGAAAUUCCAAUAAAAUUUGACGCAAGAAAGCAAUGGAUACGUUGCAAAACAAUUGGGGAAGUCAGAGACCAAGGAAAUUGUAAAUCAUGUUGGGCUUUGGCAACAAGCUCGGUGUUUGCCGACCGUUUGUGUAUAGCUACAAAUGGAGAUUUUAAUCAACUAUUAUCCGCCGAAGAAAUCACUUUCUGUUGUCAUUCAUGUGGUAACGGAUGUAACGGUGGUUAUCCGAUAAAAGCUUGGAAACAUUUUAAGAGACACGGUCUAGUAACCGGAGGAAAUUACAAAUCUAAAGAGGGUUGUGAACCUUACAGAGUGCCACCUUGUCCUUAUGACGAACAAGGAAACAAUACAUGCAAGGGAAAACCAACUGAAAAAAAUCACAGAUGCACGAGAAUGUGUUACGGAGAUCAAGAUCUCGAUUUUGACCAAGAUCACAGAUACACAAGAGAUUAUUAUUACCUUACUUAUGCAAGUAUCCAAAAAGAUGUCAUCAAUUACGGACCAAUUGAAGCAUCGUUUGAUGUGUAUGAUGAUUUUCCCAGCUAUAAAUCAGGCAUUUACGAGAGAACCGAAAAUGCCACAUAUUUAGGAGGACACGCUGUUAAGUUGAUUGGUUGGGGUGAAGAAUACGGAAUUCCAUAUUGGUUGAUGGUCAACUCAUGGAACGAAGGUUGGGGUGACAACGGUUUAUUCAAAAUUCGACGAGGCACAAACGAAUGUGGAGUCGACAAUUCAACAACAGGAGGUGUUCCAACCAUUUAGUAAAUGAAUCAUUUAUUAAAAAAUAACUCUUUAUUUUUAUAUUUGAAUAAAAUCAUGUAUUUUACCUUUAACGGUUGCCUAUCAAUUUAAUCUUUUUACACCAUAUCAAUUUUAAGUUGUCUAUACGGAUAAAUGAUGUACUUUUGUAAGAUAUAUAAUAUGACAAAGAUUGUAUUAUUAAAUCAUAAUGUUUUUUUCAAUAAAAUUGACUUGAUGAAGUAAUAAGUAAUAUUAUUACAUUUUUUUCAUAAUAUUUUAAAUAAUAAACUUAGAUGCGCAUU